AUGAAGUCUUUCGGUAAAGUAGGGGUCGAGGACAAGAAGGGUGGCGCCCGACCGAUGUCCAAGAAAAAGAUCGCACCAGAGAAUAGGGCGGAUAUAACCAAUAAACACGAAUGCCUUCUACGAGAUUUGCUUUGGGGUACCUUUCAGGAUGAUGAUAAACAUACCAUGACCAAGAUAGACCUCAGUCAGUACGCUGGUGUCCUAGAAAAGAGUGGCUACCGCAGGUCCAAUCUACUACACACCUUGGUUUGGGAGUUGACGGGGGACCGCGAUCCGUACCAAGACGACCAGGACCGACCUGAUUCCGAGGUCUAUGAUGAAGGGGUUCCCGAGGCAAAUGUUACAAAGCGAGCUCUGGAGCUAGUUGAAUAUCUAGUAGUUCUAAAUGCUGGCCUAAUGUGUCAAUAUGAUGAUUCACGCUCGGUCCCCCUUGAGUUAUUCGCGACUUCAUACCCGACGAUUUUGUUUGGAAUCAUCGACAUGCUCCCAUCCGACAUAGACCUUGAAACGAUGCUACGAAAAUGCAACACUACAUCUACGGCGCAUGCGACUAGCGACAACAUCUGCCCCUUAAAAAAGCUUAAUGGAUGUUUACGAGACUCUUGUUUGAAUUCUGAUGUCAAGAACGGUCUUGAACCACAUAAAUCUCAUUGCAUUCACCCGAUGAUCAAUACUUCACAACUUCGAACUAAAAUCACCCAUAUCAAAGAAACAAUCCAGAGGUUUCUUGUCUCCUCCGGAAACAAACCAAACAUUCCGCAAGAUACAUUCAUUCAUGUCAUGUUGGGCAAGGAAAGUUUUGACACGGCUGUCAUGCGCAAUGAUCAAACUCAACUCAGAAGUUUCAAAACGAUAUUGAAAUUCUUCCCAACGGCAGAAACUUCAGUCCUUAACCAGCCAGAUUCAAAAGGCUACAAUCCGUUACAAAAGGCUAUAACACUAUUCAAAGAAGGUGCCCUAAAUUAUGAGCUGCUCUACAAAACAAUAAAAAUAUUAGUUAAAUACCAACCAGACUCAAUAUAUUUCAGAACGAAGGACCACAGGGAGGAGUCGCUGGGAAGAACCGCAUAUACCUUACUUAAAGAGAUGAAGCCUGCGAUUGGAAAGAGAGCAGAGCCUUUUUGGAGGAAAGCUGAAAACCUCCUGAAAAAGACAUGCAUUCGAGACCGGGACCCACGAGACCCAAAUGGGGAAAAGAUCAAUAAAAUUGAAUAUCUAUAUUCCGAUAUAAGAUCAGAACGUCAGAUCCGUUUCGACCUAGGCCACGAGACAUCUACAAUAAUUGAUGAAGACUAUGUCGAUUUCCUUCGCGAAAAGGCGGCAAUGCAAUUCGAAAGUAUACUUGAGUGCGUGAAACUUCCUUUCAGAACACGACCAGUUGCACGAGAUUCGGAAGACCCGCUCCAAUAUGAGGAUCGGGUCAAUAGAUACAAAACGGCAGACCCAUACAUUAGUGUAUUCGAUUGGUUGAAAAGAGAUGGAAUGGUUCAAAAGAUUUUUGCGAUUGAAGUUGACGAUCUCGGGAACGAACCGUUAAAAUCAACCCUGACGCCACACAGCAACUUCGCAAUUCGAGAUUGCCUGCGCAACAAUUUUAAGUCACAAGCUGCUGUAGCUGACAAUAAAAGCACGCAAACGAUUUAUGAAAGAGAUAGAAAAGGUAUGGGGAUCGAAAUUUGGAACUGGAGGAAACUUGAUAUUUGUAGCGAUACAAUUCGAGAAGCAGCACCAGGUGUCCGCAUUUUACAUUUAUAUUCGAGUGCAAAUAAGGCGGUAUUGAAGGGUUGGGCUUGUAAAGACGGCCUAAGAACCCUGAAAAACAACUCGCGAGACGAGGCCGAUUGUAAGGAGUAUAUCCCCGCAUUUGAAUCAAAACUUCGAAAACGCAAUGCAGCCCUUGAGGUCGAGGUCUUCUUAGAGCCCUCGCCAAAAGGCAAAGGUUCAGGCGAAAACGCCACAAAAAAUCAAGCUAAUAGUCAGCAAAGUUACAUAUAUGAAGCGGAAACUCAGACGGAUUGGAUCCAAAGCAUUAGUCGAUUCAAAACUUGUGUGAGGGAUACUAUCGAUGCAAUAUCAAGAGACCUAGGACCAAAUGCAUCGGCCCCCGUCGUUAAAGUGGCUAUUAUUGAUGACGGUGUGAUCCUAGCGGAUGAUGGUGUCCAAGGAAUAGUCAGAGGGUCGUCUUUUGACUUUAGCCGACAACCAUAUUUCGGCGAGAGAUCUAGGCAUGGUACUCAUAUGGUAUCGAGUCUGCGAGAAGUUUGUCCCAUGGCAGAGCUGUACAUUGGGCGCUUAGAUGAUACUCGAAGCACUGAUGGCCAAAGGUUUACUGUGAAGUCAGCUAUUCAAGCUCUUGAAUGGGCCACGAAAUGGGAGGUCGAUAUUAUUUCCAUGAGUUGGUCCUUCAAACUCGACAAUAGUUCUUGCACUCGAGAAGAGGGCUUGGCAUUUAAAAAUGCUAUUGACAAUGCGGUCGCUCAAGGAAUAAUCCUUUUCGGGGCCAUGCCUGACAAGGGCCCGAUAGCAGAAGAUAUAAAGAGACGCUACCCAGUCGGACUUGACAAUGUCAUAAGGAUUACGGCGGCAGCGAAAUCCGGAGAACGCUUGAAGUUCAACCAAACAGAUGUUCCGGAGCUGUUAUUCCCUGGCGACGAAGUCGAGAUUGGAUCAGAGGAGUCCGUCAAAAUAACCGGUAGCUCUGUGGCAACUGCACUUGCCGCAGGCUUCGCUGCAUUGACGAUACUUUGCAUCAAGUUACAGGCUGCUGGUAUGCUAGAUCGAAGUGUGCAAGCGGCUGGCACGAUACCGAGGGCUAUCGAGACAGAUCUAUCUACCCGCCUCCGGGCACUGAGAACACCAGGCGGUAUUAGAACAAUCUUCAGAAACGUUUCACCAAAGCUUGUGAAUUCUAAAGAUAGCUUUGUUCAGCCACACACUGCGCUCCCUGAUGAUAUCAAAGCAGGUCUACAGGGACGCGAGGAAGCGAUUAAAUUCUUUCUUAACCGAAUAGUCUAG